AAAGGACACAGCACAGAUGCUGAACCUACAGUGGUCCCUGAUGAUGUGGGUGCUGAUCCUGAGGCUCCUGGGCCAACUGAGACUAUCACUGUACACCCAGGAGGCGCAUUGAAUGCGCAGUUUUUUAUACCAGGCUUAGAACACCAUAUUCCAGCUCCAGCCAGCCAGCCUCCAACAUCACAUGGUACACCUCCAACACCUCUGCCACCUGUAACACCUCAUAAUGUGCAGUUCUCUGGUGGCAAAACUUUCAACAUCAGAGACUUGUCUGAGCCAUCAACCCCAGCCACACCUAUGCCUGUUUUGUGGCCAGUAGCUGCAACUCCAAAGAGCAACCGAAGGUGCCAACAUGCUAAGCAUACAACAGCUGAGAUGCCUAAUAUACCUGACCUUUGCCCCUUCUACGAAGUGCGUGAAGAUCAAGUACACUGCAUCUUUUGCUGUGCACAGAAGAAGUCAACGUCAUUCAGCUGCUCAACAAUGUCCACAAGCAAUUGGUGGCACCACCUCCUUACAAAGCACCUGGGACUCUGGGUAGAGGUGUGUGACAGACUUAAGGUAAAGAUUACAGCGGACAAAGCUGAAGGUCCUGUUGCCACAUACCAGGAGUCAAAGGGACAGGACCCGAAACAGAAUUCAAGCUUGCCUAGUGGGUUUGACAGGGUGCCAGGCUUCUCUUUAGAAGCAUUCAUUGAUGCAUUGGUUGCUUUUAUUGUUAGCAAUGACCAGUCUUUCAAUGUUGUUGAGUCUCCAGAGCUCCACCAGAUAUUCUUGAUGCUUUGCGAGGAGCUUACUGAUGAUGAUAUUCCCCACCGAACACAGAUUUGGAAAUAUGUGCAGGAUGCUUUAGGUAAAAUCUCCUUCACAUGUGACAUGUGGUCAAAUGCCAACCUUGUGCCCUUCAUGGCUGUCACAGCACAUUGGAUUGAAACCAAGGAGGUCCAUCCUCCAAAUGGCACUGAUUUGAUUGGUUUCCAUCAUGUACCUGGCCAUCAUGAUGGAGAACAUCUGGCAUGAGCAUUCCUUUUCAUUGUUGAUUGACUUCGAAUUGU